UAUAAACACUUUAUUUUAUUUUCUAGCAAUCUCAUCAACGCAAUGUCGACAUUUAGAUUUCUUUGCUUCUAAAUAAAAAAAAAGUCCGGUAGAAACUUCAGAAUGUCAGAGGAGGAAGUUGCUUCUGAGGGGGCGGGUGUCUUCGAGGACAGAGAACUACCACCAGAAGGGAACCAAGAACCCAAGUCUGUGUCUGAUGGAUUUAAUUUUGUGUCAGAGUUCUUUGCUGAAUAUGGAUGGUACAUUCUUUUAGCAGCUAUCGUGUUGGCGUACCUACAGAACCGAUUCGGCUCGAAGAUUAAUAAAUGGCAGCAGAAACGGAGUAAUGAGAGUGGUCUAGCACAUUAUGAUGCAGCCACUGUGCUGUCCAGACAAGAGGCAAUGGACAAAGCCAGACAACGAAUGCAAGAUGAAUACAACGUCAAAGCAGCAGAGCGCGCAGAGAAAGAAAAACUGAGGGAGGAGGAAAAAAGACGAGAAAAGAUUGAAGAUUGGGAGCGACACAAACAAGGCCAGGGUUAUAGAUCUAAGAAACUCAAUAAGGAUAUCCAAUCUCCGACUGGUGGAGAAGCCUCUGGAGUAGCUAGCAAAGACAAAUCUAAAAAGCCAUCGCUAAGACCAGCUUAUAACCCAAUGAUGGGAGGAUCGGGCUCAGGAUUCAGACCAGCAAGAAGCCGAUUCAGCGGGGGUGGUGGCCGCGGUGCAUGAGGUUAAAGGUCGUAUGCUUAACAAAUUGAUCAUGUGACACAAGAGGCUGUCUUGAUUGGAUGGUUUGCAAGGUCUGGGGUGGAUUUCAGAA